AUGAUCAAAUAUUUGAUUGGUUCAUUUUUUAAAUUUAUUAAAUCAAACUAUAUUGGUUCAUCUUAUUUGGUUAAUAAGUUGAUUGUCGAUAUGAAUAAUUCAUUGAUUCUUCCAUAUGGUUUAACAAUGUUUAAAUUAAAUAUAGUUGUGUCCAUAAUAUUGUUUACAUGUGUAAACUCAUAUAUUUUUAAAUGGUUUUCCCAUAGACGAAUCGUAUUUUACAUAAAUUCUACUGUGGAAUCUUAUGAUGCAAUUACCGAUAGGUUAGAAGUCGUUAUUAAAAUAUUAAUUGAUUCAUUUUCAAAAUCAAUAAUUGCAAACAGUGAAAUGAUUGUGGAUCAAAACACAAUGCCAUAUCUUCAUAUUAUCAGCAAUAUAUUUUUCUUUACAAAAUAUUCAUCACAUAGUCUAUUAGAGCUAAAUAGUGGAAAUUUGUUUGAUUAUAAAAAUGAUUUAAAAUUUAUUGUUGACAAAUUAAACAAUAAGAUUAAAAUACACAGAAUAUAUAAACUAAUAUGUGAAACAAAAGAAAUGUUUAAUACAAUUAAAACAUUAGAUGAUAAAUUAUUGUUAAUAUUAGAUGAAUCAAAUAAUUUAGGAAAUUCAAAUUUAAGGAAGUUACUUAAUAAUAAAAUAAAUACACUUAUAAAAAUUAAAUCAAAUUUAGAAAUGGGAUGUGAUGAGAUAGAAAAUAUUAUAACAUCAUAUGAAAGUGUACCAAAAUUAAUUAUGAAAUUAAGAGACAGAAAAGAAUCCUAUUUUUAUUCAUUAAAUUUUUCAGGAUAUGUUCCUUAUGAUGUUGAUCAGUAUAUAGGAUCAUUUUUAAAACUCGUACUGAGAUAUAUAAUAGAUUUAUAUCUAAAAGUAGCAUAUAAAUGUUUAUCUGAUUCAAUACCUACUAUUAAUAAUGUAUUGAUUUCUACCAUUAAAUCUUGUAGGUUAAUUGGUAUUACACACAUUGAUGUUGAUGGUAUAUCUAUAAAAUUGGAUGAUCUGUGUGUUGAUGAUUCUAUUGAUGUUGAUUAUAAUGAUGAGGUUGAUACAUUAUUUUAUAAAUAUUAUGUAUUGUUUAACAAAGUAACACGUAUGUUUAAAGACUUUUAUGUUGGUAAUUGUAACAUUAGUAUAUUUAAUAGUUUAACAAGUUUAUUCAAUGUUGUUUUAAAUAAUACAAUAUCAAUGAUUGGUUAUUUAGAGAAUAGUUUGGCUACCAUUAUUAUAUUAUCAUUAGUAUGUAUUGUGAGGUGUUUGAUUUUAAUAAAUGUACAUUACUAUAAGAAUUUUAUAUCACACAUAAAUAUAAUGGUUAACAUUAAUUAUUUGUUGUUUAUAAUUUUUAUUGUAUCACUCAUAUCAAAUGGUUUGUUGAAUUCCAUAUCAAAAUAUAACUCAAUUGUUAUAUUAAGUUCAGGAAUGUAUGUAUUAUAUGUACAAUUAAUCAAUGAUAGAUUAAUAUUAAACAACAAUUUCAACUAUAAAUUAAAACUAACAAUGUGUGCAAUAAUUUUAAUAAUAUGUGUAAUAUGGAACAAAAUCAGAUACAUAAAAAUCAAUCAACUAAUACCCACAAUUUAUUUGUUAUUAAAGAAAGAUCGUUUUUGUCUAAAUACGAUAAAUGUUUUUGCUUUUUAUACAAACUAUAUAACUUAUAUUAGUGAUAUUUCUUAUAAAUAUAAUGUUGAAAAUCCAAAAUUUGAUUUAUCUUAUAUUUUUAAUAAAACAAAAUUGGAUAUAUUAAAUGAUUCAAAUGAAGAAUCACAUGAUGAUAAAAAAACUGAGAACUCUAAUUUAUUUUGUUAUGAUUAUAAACCUAUUAAACUAGAUUUUAUGUCUUCUUAUGAUAAAAUUGAUCAAACAAAAGAAUUUGGAUCUAUAGAGUUGAAGAAUUGUAUGAAUUUGUUUAAAUCAAUUAAGAAUUUGCCACUUGAUUUUGAAGAGAAUGAAUUGAAACAAAAAUUGACAAAAUUAUUGACAAACUUAUUAAAAGUCAAAACAUUACUUGAACGAACUGUAUUAUAUACUACACAAUCAUUAAAUCCACGUAAUAAGUUUUUUAUUUUUGAUAUUUUUGAAGAUUUGUAUUUUUUAUCGAAAAAGUUUAAUGACUCAUUAAAAAUUGCCUGUUCAAUUUUACCUACUGUUAAUAAUGUAUUGAUUUCUACCAUUAAAUCUUGUAGGUUAAUUGGUAUUACACACAUUGAUGUUGAUGGUAUAUCUAUAAAAUUGGAUGAUCUGUGUGUUGAUGAUUCUAUUGAUGUUGAUUAUAAUGAUGAGGUUGAUACAUUAUUUUAUAAAUAUUAUGUAUUGUUUAACAAAGUAACACGUAUGUUUAAAGACUUUUAUGUUGGUAAUUGUAACAUUAGUAUAUUUAAUAGUUUAACAAGUUUAUUCAAUGUUGUUUUAAAUAAUACAAUAUCAAUGAUUGGUUAUUUAGAGAAUAGUUUGGCUACCAUUAUUAUAUUAUCAUUAGUAUGUAUUGUGAGGUGUUUGAUUUUAAUAAAUGUACAUUACUAUAAGAAUUUUAUAUCACACAUAAAUAUAAUGGUUAACAUUAAUUAUUUGUUGUUUAUAAUUUUUAUUGUAUCACUCAUAUCAAAUGGUUUGUUGAAUUCCAUAUCAAAAUAUAACUCAAUUGUUAUAUUAAGUUCAGGAAUGUAUGUAUUAUAUGUACAAUUAAUCAAUGAUAGAUUAAUAUUAAACAACAAUUUCAACUAUAAAUUAAAACUAACAAUGUGUGCAAUAAUUUUAAUAAUAUGUGUAAUAUGGAACAAAAUCAGAUACAUAAAAAUCAAUCAACUAAUACCCACAAUUUAUUUGUUUUUUAAAAAGUUUAAAUUCGCAUAUGAUAGUUUACUUCAUUUGUCAUAUAAUCAUAACUAUAUAUUAACUCGUUGUUAUUAUAAUGAUUCUAGAUAUGUUAAAAUCAACGUAUAUAGAGAACAUAUACAAUCACUUUAUGAUAUACGAGAGAAAUUGAAAUCAGUAAAAUCCAAUGAUGAACGUAAAAAACUUAAAAAUGAACUUAAAAAAAUUAGUUAUAUAGAACCAAACAUUAAAAUUGUAAAAAAUUUUAUGGUUAAUUUGAAUUUGGCUAUUGAUAAACAGAUUGAAGCUAAUUCACUAUUUAAUGAACUUAAAAAAACUGCACAUGAUUUAUUUAAAAUUCUAAAUAACUCUAAUCAUUUAUCAGAGUUUACUAUGAAGGAAACGUUGAAACAAAAGCUUCAAAUUGCUUUAAAAUCCAAAAGUAAUAUUGAAUCUGUAUAUAAAGAAUUAAAAGAAUUUUCCAAUAAAUUCAAGUUAAAACCACAUGAACCAAAUAUUGAUGAAAAUUAUAAUUCAUAUGACCUUGUAGCUAUAUUUAAGACAUAUAUAGAGGUAACAUUGGAAUAUGCUCUUUUAACGAUCUCUGACAUUAAUGAUAUAUUGAUUUCUACCAUUAAAUCUUGUAGGUUAAUUGGUAUUACACACAUUGAUAUUGAUGGUAUAUCUAUGAAAUUGGAUGAUCUGUGUGUUGAUGAACCUAUUAAUUCAAUAUCCAAAAAUGAUCUAGUUGACAAAAUGAAUUCCUUAUUAAGCAAUGUUGUAUCUUUUGAUCGUUUUGAAUUUAUUCUUUACAUGUUGAAUCCAGAAUUUGUAAUAAAAUCAUUUCCAAUUAAUGAUUAA